CCUACUUCCAUAAAUUCCGCUCCUCCACACACCCUAAUUCACAAAAACUCUUAUAUUUUUCUUCUCUCAUAUUGCAAUUCAGUCGGUCGAGAACUCUCAUUCUAGGGUUUGUUUUCGAUCUUCUCAUAGAAGUUAUUUGUUUCAAUACGUGAGUUUCUGUUUUGGUUGCCGAAGCUUUGGGGAUAAAGAGCCUCCUGGAUCGGCUGUUUAAAUUACAACAAUCAACUUUUUGAAUAUCUGAAUGAUCUGAUGGAGACAAAGGGUGGGAAGAAGAAGUCUAGUAGUAGUAAAUCCCAAUUCUACGAAGCUCCCCUCGGUUACAGCAUUGAAGACGUUCGACCACACGGAGGAAUCAAGAAAUUCAGAUCUGCUGCAUACUCAAACGUGAGUUUCGUUUGCUCUCCUGUUAUGUUCCAACACUUUAUGAUGUUAACUUGGCUUAUUAGUGUUUAUGGGAUUUUAAUUUUAAACCUUUUCUUCUCUGCAGUGCGCUCGCAAGCCAUCCUGAGAUUCGCUAAUCUUUACAAUAACCAACCCUGCGUUGCUCGCAGGAUUGUAGCUUAGAUUUUGCUUUUCCAAUUCAUUUUUUCUUUCCUCAUCCUUGUUAUUCUCUCUGCGAAGUACCCUGCCAGCCGAUUAAGCCAAAAUGGCCAUGCCAGUCUCUGCAAUUGGGUUUGAGGGUUAUGAGAAGAGGCUCGAGAUUUCUUUCGUUGAGCCUGGAGUAUUUGCUGAUCCCGGAGGCUAUGGCCUCCGCUCUCUCACCAAAGCACAGUUGGAUGAAAUCUUAGAUCCAGCUCAAUGCACCAUUGUUGCAUCUCUGAAGAACGAUGAUGUCGACUCCUAUGUCCUGUCAGAGUCGAGCCUGUUUGUCUACUCGUACAAGAUCAUUCUGAAAACUUGUGGGACUACAAAACUACUGCUAUCCAUCCCACCGAUCUUGAAGCUGGCUGAUGGACUUGGACUGACUGUGAGCUCUGUUCGAUACUCCCGUGGAAGCUUCAUAUUUCCCGGUGCUCAGCCAUUUCCUCACCGGAGCUUCACCGAGGAAGUUGCUGUUCUUGACAGCCAUUUCUCCGAACUUGGACUGAUGAGCGAAGCUUAUGUGAUGGGAGAUGCUGACGAGCAAGAAAAGUGGCAUGUCUACUCGGCCUACUCGAAGCCGUUGAGCGAUGUGGAUCCCGUUUAUACUCUCGAGAUGUGCAUGACCAAUCUGGACCAGAAGAAGGCAUCUGUCUUCUUCAAGAACCAAUCCAGCUCUGCUGCUGUCAUGACUGAUGCGUCUGGCAUCAGGAACAUCCUCCCUGAAUCAGAGAUAUGCGACUUCGAUUUUGAGCCGUGUGGCUACUCCAUGAACUCGAUUGAAGGGGGUGCGGUGUCCACCAUUCAUGUGACGCCGGAAGAUGGCUUCAGCUAUGCAAGUUUCGAAACCGUCGGCUAUGAUUUCGAAAAAGUGGAUUUGACUCCCCUUGUGGAGAGGGUGUUGGCCUGUUUCAACCCGGCCAAGUUUUCUGUGGCUGUGCGCGCUUCUGUUGCUGGGAAGGAGCUUGAUGCUGCGUUUAAACUCGACAUUGAUAAGUAUGGAUGUGCAGAGAGGAGAUGCGAGGUGCUCGGUGAUGGCGGAUCCAUCAUCUACUGCAACUUCACGAGCGCCGCUGGCUGUGGAUCUCCCAAGUCCAUUCUACACUGCUGCUGGAGUGAAAGCGAGGAUGAGGAAAACGAUAAGAAAUAAUAAUAUUUCUCUUUUGCUUUUCAGUCUCCGUUUCUAUCACAUUCUACUAGUUACCUACUAUUGUGUUUUUGUUUGAUACCCGAUAUACUAUGUGGUAUCUGUGUUUUUUUCAACCAUUACAUUUAGUCGUUUGUGUUUUGGUAUUUGAUAUUUUUAUAUUGAAAUAAAGGGUAUAUUAGUGUA